GUGGCGGCGGCGGCGGCGGCGGCGGCCGGGGGGGACCGCGGCGAGGCCACCGCUGCCGUCGCCAUGGAGGCGCUGGGACCAGGGCCACCAGCCACUCUUUUCCAGCCACCGCGUCGGCCUGGCCUGGGAACAGUUGGAAAACCAAUUCGUCUCUUAGCCAAUCAUUUCCAAGUACAGAUUCCUAAAAUUGAUGUUUAUCAUUAUGAUGUGGAUAUUAAACCAGAAAAACGUCCCCGGAGAGUGAACAGGGAGGUAGUAGAUACCAUGGUGAGACACUUCAAGAUGCAAAUAUUUGGGGAUCGACAACCUGGCUAUGACGGCAAAAGAAAUAUGUAUACUGCGCAUCCUCUGCCUAUUGGAAGGGACAGGGUGGAUAUGGAGGUCACACUCCCCGGUGAAGGGAAGGACCAGACCUUUAAAGUGUCAGUUCAGUGGGUGUCUGUAGUCAGCCUUCAGCUGCUCCUGGAAGCUUUGGCAGGGCAUCUGAACGAAGUCCCAGAAGACUCUGUGCAGGCACUAGAUGUCAUCACACGGCAUCUUCCCUCUAUGAGGUACACUCCAGUGGGGCGUUCCUUCUUCUCUCCCCCUGAAGGAUACUAUCACCCACUGGGAGGAGGUCGGGAGGUCUGGUUUGGAUUCCAUCAGUCUGUCAGGCCUGCCAUGUGGAACAUGAUGCUCAAUAUAGAUGUAUCCGCAACUGCUUUCUACCGUGCUCAGCCUAUUAUUGAAUUCAUGUGCGAAGUCCUGGAUAUUCAGAACAUCAAUGAACAAACAAAACCCCUUACGGAUUCCCAGCGUGUUAAAUUUACCAAAGAAAUAAGAGGUUUAAAAGUGGAGGUUACUCACUGUGGGCAAAUGAAAAGAAAAUACAGAGUUUGCAAUGUUACUAGACGACCUGCUAGCCAUCAAACGUUCCCUCUGCAGUUGGAAAAUGGGCAAGCUAUGGAGUGUACAGUAGCUCAGUAUUUUAAGCAGAAGUACAGUCUGCAACUGAAAUACCCACAUCUUCCAUGCCUCCAAGUAGGGCAAGAGCAGAAACAUACCUAUUUACCCCUUGAGGUGUGUAAUAUAGUUGCUGGGCAGCGUUGUAUUAAGAAGCUAACAGACAAUCAGACAUCAACUAUGAUCAAAGCAACAGCACGGUCUGCCCCUGACAGGCAGGAGGAAAUUAGCAGACUAGUCAAGAGUAACAGUAUGGUUGGUGGACCUGAUCCAUAUCUGAAGGAAUUUGGUAUUGUUGUCCAUAAUGAAAUGACAGAACUGACAGGCAGAGUAUUACCUGCACCAAUGCUGCAGUAUGGAGGUAGGAACAAGACUGUUGCUACACCAAAUCAGGGUGUCUGGGAUAUGAGAGGGAAACAGUUCUAUGCUGGGAUUGAAAUUAAAGUGUGGGCUGUUGCCUGCUUUGCACCUCAGAAACAAUGCCGGGAAGAUUUGUUGAAGAGUUUUACUGAUCAGCUGCGCAAGAUCUCUAAGGAUGCGGGGAUGCCAAUCCAGGGCCAGCCAUGCUUCUGUAAAUACGCACAAGGGGCAGACAGUGUGGAGCCCAUGUUCAAACAUUUGAAAUUGACUUAUGUGGGGCUGCAGCUAAUUGUAGUGAUUCUUCCAGGAAAGACACCCGUCUACGCUGAAGUUAAACGAGUCGGGGAUACUCUCCUGGGCAUGGCGACUCAGUGUGUUCAGGUGAAGAAUGUGGUGAAAACAUCUCCCCAAACUCUUUCCAAUCUUUGUCUGAAGAUCAAUGCAAAACUUGGUGGAAUAAACAAUGUCCUCGUACCACAUCAAAGACCCUCAGUAUUCCAGCAACCUGUUAUUUUUCUGGGAGCAGAUGUCACUCACCCUCCUGCUGGAGAUGGGAAGAAACCUUCCAUUGCUGCUGUAGUAGGAAGCAUGGAUGGCCAUCCCAGCCGCUACUGCGCUACUGUACGAGUGCAAACAUCCCGUCAAGAGACAUCACAAGAAUUGCUGUACAGUCAGGAAGUGAUCCAGGACCUGACCAAUAUGGUGCGAGAACUGUUGAUCCAAUUUUACAAAUCUACUCGCUUCAAGCCUACAAGGAUCAUUUACUACAGGGGAGGAGUAUCCGAAGGGCAGAUGAAACAGGUAGCUUGGCCUGAGCUUAUCGCAAUCCGGAAGGCCUGUAUCAGUUUAGAAGAAGACUACAGGCCAGGGAUCACCUACAUUGUCGUGCAGAAAAGGCAUCACACAAGACUCUUUUGUGCAGACAAAACUGAACGGGUGGGGAAAAGUGGGAAUGUUCCGGCAGGCACUACCGUGGAUAGCACCAUCACCCACCCGUCUGAAUUCGACUUUUACCUCUGUAGCCAUGCAGGAAUCCAGGGAACCAGCCGUCCUUCUCACUAUCAAGUCUUGUGGGAUGACAACUGCUUCACUGCAGACGAAUUGCAGCUACUGACAUACCAGCUGUGUCACACUUACGUUCGAUGCACACGGUCUGUCUCAAUCCCUGCGCCUGCAUAUUAUGCCAGGCUGGUGGCAUUUAGAGCAAGAUACCAUCUUGUAGACAAAGACCAUGACAGUGCUGAAGGCAGCCACGUGUCAGGACAGAGCAAUGGCCGUGACCCUCAAGCACUCGCCAAGGCAGUACAGAUCCAUCACGACACCCAGCACACAAUGUACUUUGCCUGAUCAGACUCUGCAGCCACGUGGCGUGGCAGGAGCGGCCUAGUUGGUCAGGUCACCAACCAUUAAUUGUCAGGGCUCGUUUUUUUAAUUCAGGCUGCCCUCCACCAGCAGCUUGGGACAGUUGCACUGAAUUGAUACCUGCCACCAACAUCUCGUGCAGGCACAAUUGAGCCAUUUUUAUUUUUAUUUCUUUCCGUAAACAGAAAUUUCAUAAACAGUCUUUGCAUUGGACUGAAUUUUUACCUCAAAACGCAAAAGGCUGAUCCUCUUAAACAAUUUUUAAAGGACUUGGCACGAAAGGUUUUUAUUGAAAUAUUUUGCUAACCAAGUAAUCAAUUUACGUUACCUCUUCAUCCCACGUUAAGCUUGUCAAGAAGAAGAAUUCCUGCUGGGCUUUGACAUAACUGCUUAGUGAGUCUCCAGAUAUGGCAAAACAGGAUUCUGCUGUUUUUUCUGUCUGGAACCAUAUAGACUUGAUCAAUGAAUUUUUGGUGUAAAACACCUUUCAACAAACAUGUAUUUUCAGAGGUAUGGCUGUUCCUUUGGUUUUGUUUUUUAAUUUUUCGCUUUGUCAAAUUUUGCUAGUUCCCUUUUUGUAAAUCUCUCUGCAGUCCUGGGCUGCAAAGCCAUUGCACUAUAACUGCGAAUUCAGCUUGGUGGUACUUCUUCUGUGAAUGCGUAAUGUUAGCAGAGAAAAAUCCCCCCUGGCAGUUCUAAUACAAUUAUAAUUAUGAUUACGGUUACAACUGCCAUCUUUUGAUUCAAAAUGCUGAACUGCUUCCCCUUCUAAAAAUAGGUAACCAGGUUCUGAACAAUUAGUUUUAGUAUUUUUCAAACAUCACAAAAAGUGCCCAUUUUAUGCUGCUAUGUUUGACAAAUUGAAGUCAUUUUUAAUACUCUUUUUCAUAGAAGGUUUUAACUUUGGCAAUAAUUUUUUUUAAAUAACCUGGCAGUAGCUUUUCUAGUCAGAAUCCAUUCUUGGGUAGAUUGACUUAUCUUUGCUGAAGAGAAAAUUAAUUACUAAAAAUGGAUCAGAAGAGGCUCCCUUCAUGCUUUUUACAAAUGAUUAUUUUUAACUGUUUUAUAGUCACCAUUGGUCUGUCUACCCCUUUUUAUAAGCUUGGAAAGUGGGUGUUGUGUAUUGGAAAAAAAGGCUUUGCCAAUUUGUACAGUUGUGUAUAGUGUGACAGUAGCAAUCAAAGACUUUUACCAGCAAUUUAAAUCCUGUUUCCUUUGAUGAUUUAGGUUUCUUGCAUGUACAGCGACACUCAGUAGCAUGUGUGAAGUGUGAAUUGUAAUGUUGAUCUUGAACCUUUUCUAUUAGGAUUCUUAUUUUGCUCGGUUCUCUUCCACUGAAACAUGUUAAUACCAAAAGUAGGAUGGGAGGGGGUUGUGCAGACAAUAAUAGUGUUGUGUUGAGACUAGCUUGUGAGUGUUAGCACACAAUGCUUUAAAUUCCUAGUUUUUGACUGAAUUGAUAUGGCCACUGGGAAGACUGGGAUUUGGCCAAUAAUUGCACUCUGGAUUUCUAAUCAGAGGGUGGCAUCACAGAGCCUUGUGACCUUGUGAGCUUUCAAACCCGGACUUUCACGUUGGCAAUAUGAUACACCGUUUAGAUUGUCCUUCAGUCAGUUGAAAUAGAGCUUCUCAUAACUUGGAAAAUGUACAUUUCCAAGAACAUUAUUCAGUUGUGUCAGAGUACACUGAAGUUAGUCUUCAAAAAACAAAAAAAAGUUUUAUAUGCUUCUUCCAGAGCCGUGGGCGUGUGUGUGGGGGUGUGUGUGUGUGCAUGUGUUUGUGGGAAAGGGCAUAUGCAGUGUUUGUCCCCAUUCAGAAAAAGAAGUGAAGCAACUUAGUUCUGACAUCCAGAGCUGAGAUAUUAGAUUGCUUAAGAAUAGGUAAGGGUUGUUUUUUUAACUUUUCCUUGAGAAUACCUCACUUGGAUAAUCAAUAUCAGGACACACAGGGAGGGAGAGUGGCCACUGCUUUAGUUUAUCUGCUGCUUUUCUUUUCUUUUAAUGUUCAGGGAGAAAAUGCAAGAAUUUUAACUCCUGCUGACCCAAACAAACAGAGAACUGAGGCACCUUGAAAAGAGUCUAAGCACCUGUUUUAGUGUGUAGCAUUUUUUUUAUUGCACUAGGUAAGGACAUGGUUUGAGAGAAAGAAAGGGAAGUAAGAAAAAUGGGUCUCUGUACCACCUGGGUACACUGGUAGCUGCCCUGGCACCUAGUACAGGUGGAGAAAUGGGAUAUAUGUACCCACCUGUCUACAGGUGAGAUCUUCCAAAUCCCAACCAGGCAGAAUGAAAAACAAGCUUUCUAAAAGGUUUGUAAACCUUCAGCAACCAAAUCUGCUUUUGCUCCCACUUCCAGAUAUGAAGAUUGGGAAGUAGGGCUGGAGGAGAAUUUAAAUCUCUCAUCCUAUCAAUUGCCAGCAAAAGCAGAUUUUGGGAGCCAGGUGGGAUUCCCCACUGCUACCCAAAUAGUAACAAAAAAGAGAAGUGGGAGGAAAACAUGCAUUUUAAAGGGCUCAGUUAAUUUUAGUUGUAGUUGGGCCCAAACUGUGAAGACAGGAAGCUUAACAAAUCCGGGAAGAACUUUUUUCUGAUUGGCUUAUUAGGAAAUGAGUCUGUAUAAAGUGUAUAAGCUAUAUGAAAUGGUUCUUUUUAAAAAAUUUCUUAUCAUAGGAAAAAAAAUAAGAUUUUGAUCGUAUUUUUCAUGUGUAUUACAGCCCACAACCCACAUUGGUCUUUUGAAAUCAUCUGUAUUUCAGAGAGAUAUCUAAGCAGGAUUCCUUUUUUUAAGUGAAUUAUUAUCACAAUGAAUUUUUAUCAGCCCAAAAACGUUGAUGAGAAAACUUUCUUGCCAACUUUUGCACUUUCUUGGAAUUUUACAUGAUUUCCACCCCCUCUUCUUCCUUCUUGUCUCUGUUGAAAAUUUUCCUGUGCAAAAAAAUGUUCAGUCAUCUCUUAGUUGCUGAAUGGUCCAGUGAUGUCAUUUGGGUAUGUUUCAGAGCUGAAAAAUUCUAUCAAAGCAGACAGCGAUGAAGAUCUUUAAAAACUAAUAAAAAGGGAAGGUCUUGUUGAUCUUUGGGAGACCUUUUUGACUCAUUGGGACUGCCCCUUCCCCUGGGGAUGAACUGAAUGGUUAUGCAUGUGUCAAUCAAUGGGAAGAUGUGCAUUUUCUAGCUAUAGUUCUUAAGGUUUUAGGGUUUAGUUUGGUUGGGGUUUUUAAUGUGGUUUUCUUUCCUUUUGACCCAGUCUUCUCCAGCUGUGUUGUCUUUGGUCGUUUUGGGCUACAACUUCCAGAAUUUCAACUUGGUUGGAGAUUUUUGGUUUAUAUUAAGCCUGCUGGCUCCUUUUCUUUUUUCUUUUUGCUGUUAUGUCAUGGGAGAUUUUCAAAUGUAGCAAAUUUGAACUGUGGGCUGGAGGGGAGUGGGCUAAUAAUUUGGGCAGUAGUUCUCGGUGUUUAUAGGAAAAUCAAAUGUGGUUCCUUCUGUAAGUCUUCUGCUUUUUUAUUUUAUUUCUUUGAGCACUUUUAUUCCAAAGAGGCUCUAAAAAGCUUUUGCUCUGUAACAGAGAGUCUUGCUUUACUUCUGUGACUUCUGGGCAUUUUAAGAAGGGCAUCGAAGGAGACUUCAAAAUCAGAGGCAGAAGAUGUUCCAUGUUUCUUUGAUCCAGAGACGUCGUUUUCUCCUACAGCCCUAAUAUCAAGAAUCUUUGUAUGAUGGGGAAAAGGGCAUGGCUCUCCUUGCGACAGGUCACCCAACCUCCAAUCAGUUCUUCCCACUCCUGCCAAGAAAACUACCUUUUUUGAUGAUGCUGUGGGUCCUUUUUUCCCCUUCUUGCUCCAUGGCAAGGCAGUUCCUCUGUUUUCAUUUUCGUAAAGCAGAGUUCAGAGGGCAUUGUAUCAAUACUGUUUCAACUGCAAGGUUUUUUUCCCUUGUACAAAUGGAGGAAAAAUCAUAAGUGGAUAUCAGUUUAAGGGUUUCUUUAUACCUUGCUAUUGACACUUUCAUGAUAUUUCUAUGUCUAGGGCCUGGACCUUGUACGUAAAACUUGUUGGCAUAUGUUCAUUUUCGACUGAUGUAUUUUUCCUUUUUUGUUUGUUUGUUUGUUUCUAUACUGUUAGACUUGUAAUGUUAUAAAUUGUAUUUUAUUAAAUUGGACUGGAUGUAUGUCUAUAGCAAUACGAGGUACUUUUUCUUUCAAAGAAACUCUGGGAUGGGUAGGUUAACAGUGCCUCCCUCCCCCAUUGCGAUAUGCUGGCUGUGUAUAAUUGCAAUGUAUUUUUCUUUCUUUCUUUUUUUUUAGCCUGCAGGGAUUUUGUGUUCAUGUGUCCAAAAAAAAUAAAGGCAUUUGUUGCCAAAUGUUUUUUCUUCGGUGUGCAAUAAAAAAA